GAGGGUGGUGGCAGCCCCCGUCACAGUCUCCUCCCGCCCUCAACCCAGCAUCCGCCGUCGAUGAACCGUUCGCAGCAGCAUCCGAGUACUGAUCAGCAGACAUUGAUGGCCAGGGCAUCCACUGGCACCCAUAUGUGGGUGAACCAGGAACCCUGCGGACAGCGGGGAUGCAUGCACAUCCAUUCAUUCAGCCAUCUCUCCGCGCUGCCGGCCUUGAAAGCCAGCCAUGCAGCAGAAUGUGGCAGGGCAGUGUCACAGUGGGUCCCCUGUGAAGAUUCAGAGCGCCGGGAGCUGACAAGAGAACAGAUUGCCCCAGGCCGCAGUUCCGACGUUGGAGAGUAGCAUGACGAUGCGUCUAGAGCCGUUGGAUCUGAAUCCUGCGUAAGAGCCCGAGUAACGCCCGUGCAUUCGCUCCCUCAUCGUCUUCAAGGUAUCCCGAGGGAUAUGGGUACGAUCUUGAUCAGAUUCGGAUGGGCCAACGAGAUAUAGCCGUCCAUAGUGCCAUGGAGGAUACUGGGUACGCCAUCGAUGUCGUCUUGAGCAUUGUGCCGACGUCAUUCUCUUUCCAGUGCGCGAUCCAUCCCCAGAGCGCGAUCCUACAUCCCCAGAGUGCGAUCCUCCAUCCCCAGGCUGCGCCAUCUCCGUGUAUGGGAGGACCCAUCCCCCGACGAGAUAGAGACCAAUCUCGUUGGUCCCUACGCGCCGUUGGUCGAUGUACCUUCUGGAUUCUCGAGCCAAUCACGAGUCGACACCAGCCCCCAGUUCACAGCAGAUUCUGCUCGAUCACAGCUCGCCGAGCUUGCGUCUCUGUGCUCCAGAUACAAUCCGAUGCCGGCGUCCAAUCCACAGUCGGCCGGCCCAGCAUCUCUGGUCUCCGCAGAUCAUUCUCUGUCGCCGAUGUCGACUUCUGGGUGGCAGAGCCCACAAACGCAGUCUUUGCUACCGGUGACGAGAAGAGCUCCUCCGCCCACGUCGUCAUCUCCGACGACCAGUCUCUCUGCGGAGACUCCCUCCGGACCGUCGAGUGCCCACUCGGCGACAUCCGAGACAGACUCCGCUUCCCCUCCGCUACGCAGAGAAAAGACCGAGCCUUGCCAACUGCCGCCGGUGCGCAGAAUCGACAAGCACGGCGUCGUAUGGUACUGCACCGUGUUCCAGAACGAUACCGACUCAGGCUGGGCUACUGCUGUCUCGAAACAGGUGCGGCGGCGCCUUGAGAAUCCACCGGCUAGAAGAGGCGGGAAGAAGACGAAGACCAGCCAUACACUGGCUGAGCGGAUCAGGAUCCUUGCUACUGAUCCCUGGGUGGAAUCGUUCCAUGCGAGGUGCGCGUUGUGCCGGGCGUGCGGGCAGCCUUUCCAGCUGGACGGCCGCAAGGACUUCUAUGGAUAUGCCUGGACCAAGCACCGCGAGCGGUGCCCCAAAAUCAAGAAGAAGCGGUUGCAGCUGAAAGCUGGCACGGAGGCCCAGCUCAAAAGCUUCACUGCGUACUACGCCGAGCCAAGCAGAAAGUCGACAAAGCGGAAAGCAAACGAAUCCGAUCCGCGUGCAGACGCCCUGUCCGGGGACGAGACGACGGGCGCGAAAAAGCCGCGGACCAAAAAGCGUGGGCGGCCGUCGUCUGCUUGAAGAGGGGGCUGAAGAAGUACUGCAAUUGUAAACUACUGGCAUUUGCCCAACGGACGUCCCUCGUCCGCAUAUGUAAUCCUGCCUCCUCGUCCCUGAUGUACCCAU